AUGGGUAGCCUCGAGUCCGAGCCCCCAGCUCCAGCUCCAGCUCCAGCUCCGGCUCCGGCCCUGACAAUCCCCGUGGUCGACAUCUCGGGGUAUCUCUCCGGCGACGCCUCCGCGACGUCCUCCAUCGCCGCCGCACUCCAUUCCGCCGCCCGCGCCCCGGGCUUCUUCCAGGUGGUGGGGCACGGCGUGUCGCCGGACCUGCGGGCCCGCGUCUUCGAGCGCCUCGCCGCCUUCUACCGCCUGCCGGCCGGCCAGAAGCUCGCCCUGCACCGCGACAACUCGCCCAACGGCCUGCGCGGCUACGAGGCCGUCGGCAACCAGACGCUCGAGCCCGGCUUCGCGGACCGCAAGGAGGGCUUCAUGGUCGGCGCGGAGCUGGCCUCUGGCGAGACGGCGCGCUUCCUCCAGGGCGCGAAUCAGUGGCCGGACGAGGACGCGUGCCCGGGCUUCCGGGACACGAUGAUGGAGUACUUUGAGCGGCUGCGCGCGCUGAGCAAGACCAUGUUCCGUCUGAUGGCGCUGAGCUUGAGCCUGGACGAGAAGUAUUUCGAUGCGUUUGUAGGAAGUAAGGAUUUGGGCGGAUUGGAAGUCUUCCACAGGCCAACGCAGACAUGGCAUCCCGUGACGCCAGUUAAAGACGCUUUCGUCGUCAACAUCGGCGACAUGAUGGAGCGGUGGACGAACGAGAAGUACACAUCGACCCUGCACAGGGUGAUCUCGCCCGUCAGCGACAGGGACCGCUACAGCGUCGCCUUCUUCAACGAGGGCCUGCUGGACCAGAUCAUCGAGUGCAUCCCGACGUGUCUCGAGCCGGGCGCGGAGCCGCUGUACGAGCCGGUGCAGGUCGAGGCGCACCUGCGGAAGCGGUAUGGUAGCAGCUACUAG